AUGGCAUCCGCCACGUCAGCGCUCCACCUCUCCCCCGUUGCCACCGCCGCGCAUCUACGUCCCGUCCCUUCUUCCUCCGCCUUCCCCGCCUCCGCUUCCCCAGCUCCGCCGCCUCCCUCUGCUCCCGCCCAGUCCUUCCUGUCCAAUCGCACGCGAACGUCGUUCCGGUGCGAGGCUGCGAGCAGCGGCGACGCGGCGUCGCCCUCCUCCUCCUCCGCCUCACCGCCAGAACCGGCGGGCGAGGCGAAGAGCCACGCGUUUAUUCACGACUUCUGCUUCGGUAUCACAUUCGGCGCGGCAGCAGCAGUGGCAGGAGUGGCGUGGUUUCUGCUCACCAAGAGCGCGGACGCCCUGCGCGUGACAGCUCUGUUCGGCGCCACCAUUGCGCUGGGCGGGGUGGGCAGCCUGAGGGCGUGGCGCAAGGGGCAGUCCAGCACACCCUACAUCCUCGGGCAAGCAGUGCUCGCUGCUGUCUUGGCAUACCAGGCAUUCGUGCGCCUGCAAGUGACGGGUGAUAUUUUCCCGUUGGGACUUGGCGUGGCGGUCAGCGCUGCCAUGGUGCUGUUUUACAUCUAUGUGAUUCUGGCGGGCGGCAAUCCUCCCCCCAAGAAGAAGGCAGCAACUGCUGCUGCUUAG